CCAACUGUUCGUACCGACCCAAGUGAGAUCACACUACAUGUUGGCACGAACGAUCUUCGCAACAGAUCUCCUCGGGAAGUCGCAGAAGAUAUUAUAAAUCUGUGCGAAGACAUAUCGCAGAAUACCACAGCUAGUGUAACUAUUUCUGGCCUCCCCCACAGAACAGACGAGCCAAGCAUGGGGGACAAAGUAACCGAAACGAACAGGAUUAUCAAGUCAUUUGUAAGUGGCCGUGACUUAAGUUUUAUCGACAAAAGCAAAAUAGGAAGCAGCAUUCUAAACAGUAGUGGCCUGCACCUAAAUCAGAAAGGUAGCGCAGCACUUGCUAAGAAUAUUUAGAAACUCAUUAGUAAUUGUUAUUGAUUUAAAGAAGUCAACAGCUUUUUGCCUGAAUGUGAACCAAAUUGUUACACAAUGUAUGAUGAUAUGACCUCUGCCUUGAAAGUAAGGGGGCUUCAAAAUUGCGAGUAUUAAUGUUGCAAGUCUCCCGCUGCAUAUUGAAGAGCUUCGACUAAUUAUGGCUGAUCAGUGUCUUGAUCUGCUAGCUGUUAAUGAGACUAGACUCGAUUCUACAAUAACUGACAACUUAGUUCAUAUUGACGGCUAUUCAAUCCUAAGAAAGGAUCGAAACCGUAAUAGCGGCGGCGUGUGCAUCUAUCUUCGAUCGAAUAUUAAUUAUUGCCUUUGA